CCCACAUUAUGUUCGGUGGUAGUCAUGAGUUUUCCCUAUCAUAUAAAUGACGUGGUACUAGCGCGGGUCCCCAAUGGCAAGAUAUACUACACCAAGAUCAGAUCCAUAUCUCUGGCGAGGAAGGAGUGUGUAGCAGAGUUUGAUGAUGGAAGUGUGGCUGCUGUUGACUGGAUCAACAUAUUUGAUGUUGCCGCGGAGACGGACGUGAUUGUGUGUGUGGUUUGUAAACUCGGAGAGUCAGAACCUCCUAAUGAGAUAAUACUGUGUGACACUUGCAAUGUUGGAUAUCACCAGCUGUGCCACCCCACCAUAAUAACGUCCCAGCAUAUCGCCCAGGAAAAGUGGCACUGUUUUUACUGCGUCAGCAAGGAAAAGAAUCCGUACAUAAAGAAUCCAUUCGAGAAUUCCAGGUCAACAUCACCUAGAUCACCGAUAAAACGAAAGCGAAAGUUAGUUAAAGAGGCGCCUCAGCAGAAAAAGAUUCCAAAGAAACGUAGAAAGCUCCACCGAUCGCCACCGAAACCUCCAAAAACCUCUAAAUCAUUUGUGGCUAAGAAGUGUACGGUUUCAAUUAUAAAAAAGCCAAUCCCAAUAGUGCCUAAAGAGUUUUCAGACGCAAGUAACUGUUCCUCUGACCAGGCUUUGAUACCAGAAGAGACUAGAUCAGUUCACACACCAUCACCACCUCCAGUACCACCUCCUACACUUCCCAUCAGACCAGUCAACACCGUUCAGCCCUUGAAUCACAACAUGGCGUACCCAGUGUGUAGCCCGCCCCCCUUGCAAAUGUCGCCUCUCGUCAAGAAAACUCCUCGUCUACAAUCCUACUCUCCACCUCCCCUCAUGACCCCUCGUGACGUCACUGUCAAUCACAGUGCCUUGAUGACGUCACUGCCACCUCUUCAGAAAGCUAGAGAUAUGGACUCUGAUCCUUUGCGGAGUAUCCCUGACUGUCCCUCUUCAAGUUGGACACACAACACUAGCAAGCCAUCUUCCAAGCUUAAAAAGUCUCCUGUGUGCUCGACACGCCCUGUUAAGUCUGAAGCUAGUCCACAGGAACGUUCUGAAAUAGUAGAAAACACCACUAUUAUCCCUCCAAACCCCUUUCUUGAACAUCCUCCGCAACUACCAUCUGGAGAUUUGGUCAGCAACAUCAGUUCAGAUCAGAUACGAGGCCUGUACAUGCGACUGUACGACUUCUUGCAACAGACACGGGCCCAGGGGAAUCCUGUAAUAGACCGUGAAGUGGUACAGCACCUCAUAUCUUAUGGUAAUGAACAAAUUCAAAGAUUGUCAUCAGCUGGCUCCAUUUCAAAUUCCGAACAGUUGGAUGGAUCUAGUUCAAGUCAAGUAACCAGCCUGAACAGUGCCGGGAAUACGACGGACCUAAGUUCACGUGGCACUUCGUCUAGCUCGGAGAAUUCAGUCGAAACAAGUGCUAAAAAUAAUCUGAAAAAAGUUCUAGAGCAAGACUCGACUGAGUCCCAAAAACCUGACUCGAAUAUAGAGCGGAUAACUGCACACGUGGCAGCAAGUCCUGCUGGAGGCAAGAUAACAGAGCAGCUUCCUCCGCGUUCAAACUCUCGACAAACUUCUGUUACUGAUCAAGAAUUGGAAUCACUCCGAAGUUUAAUGAACCAAGACGGGAGGGGCAUUUCAGCCCACAUUGCAGCGAGUCCCGCUGUCCUGAAAGAAAAAGAACAACCUCCUCUGCGUUCAAACUCUGGGAAAUCCUUGGUUACCAAUAAGGAAUUUGAAUCCCUCAGUUUGCUGAUAGACCAAGAAGAGAGGAAUAUCUCCUCCUCUGGGAAGGAAACAGUUAUACCGCCUAUUUUAAACUCUUUGUCUUCUCCUUUUGAAGUUUUUGCUUCUCCGCAAGAAUCCUCAACACUAACAAAAAAUAAGGAGCCUGUAUCGAAUUUAAUUGAAGUACCAAUUUCCUCAAAAACUGUGUUGAUUAAGGCCACGUCAAGUGCCCAGCCGAAGUUUGACGCUGAAUUAAAACCCACGAAAAAGAUAAUUUCCCAACCGCUGGAACCUUUUAAUCUUGCUAUGAUGGGUCCUUUUAUUCAAGACAUAAAAAAGAAGAAGAUAAAAAAGAUUCCAGUGAACCGUAAAAUGGCCAAAGCAGUCAUCGUAAAAAAUCAGGAGAAGAAGAAGAAGCAAUUGAAGAGACCAACCAAGUCUGUGCCGUCAAGAAAAAGACCAAAACCAGAUCCUCCGAUGUCAUCGAUAUACACCGCGGUCCAAGCAGGGAAUUCAGUCAUAAUAACGCCUAACUCUGCAUGUAAUCCGUCCACUAAGAACUCUGUUCCGGUUCAAUUCAUUACGGAAGUAGAUGUUCCCUCAAAUACGGAUUCGUCAGCGGAUUUUUCCAAGACAUUUGCAGAGUAUCCGUACAGUGCUACAAACCAGAAAGUUUCUGAUCUACCCAGUCCUGCUCAGUGCAGUCUACCUACUACGCCGCUUCUUCCCGUUCAAAUGUCAUCAACUUCUAUCCCUGUUUUUGGUAGCAAUAAACCCAUUGGCCCAUCCACCCUUAAUGGGCCCUUGACAUCCAUAUCAGCUUGCACAAAUCAUGUUUCUUUUAGUCUUACUGGAGACGGUAUAGCACCAUCCAAUCAUUUGACUCUUCCCAAAACGUCUGUGGUGCCACCUUUUGAGCAAAGUAUAUCCUGUCCCACUGAAACUGUUUCCCAGAAGAAUGACUCCAUCAUCAGGAAAUUCCACUCAGUGGAAACGAGUAGUAUGGCCCCAAAAUCAAACGACAUUGUCAAGACUAUUCCAACAAUCCCUUUCCAGUUAACAAUGACUCCAACUCAGCAUCCGUUCGAAAAGGUGGCCUCACCGGCUAGCACGGUAUCAAUUCCAUCGCUUGGUAAUGUUAUAAAGAAUGAGGAAACAUCUUUAAAACCUCAACUAAAGAAUGAUGAUAUUUCAACAUCAGAUGCUAAACAAACGUCCGCUUCGGGCAGAUCCGGCUUACCUCGAAAAAGUAAGAACCAAGCGAAUCAUAACAUCAAAAGUUUCACCAUCUUUGAUAGUUAUUCUUCGCUGUUUGACUCGGAUGGUGAUGAAGAUGACGUGUUUGUUACUCAGAAACCUGCGUCUCAGACAUCGUCUGAACUCAGGGACGUAGGGAACUACAAUCGUAUGGCAUUACCUGUAUCUCAGGGAAGUGAAAACUUUGGCCCUGACAGCAACAACACUCAAAUUCUCGAUAAACUUAUUUCGAGCCAAACAUCUUCAGAGGGAAAAAGCAUGACUUCCACUACAAAUGCUGUUUCGCAGGAAAUUUCACAAACAACUCCUUUUUCUGCCACUCUCUUCCUUGAUGAGCUGUUUGAUACAGCAUCUGGGUCCAGCACAGGACCAAACCAUGCUUAUGUAUCUAACACAAGAAUGGACCAUGUUUCAGUAGUGCCAUCUUUUUCCAGCACAAGAAUGGACCCUGUUUCAGUAGUGCAAUCUGUUUCCAGCACAAGAAUGGACCAUGUUUCAGUAGUGUCAUCUGUUUCCAGCACAAGAAUGGACCGUGUUUCAGUUGUGCCAUCUGUAUCCAAUACAAGAAUGGACCAUAUUUCAGUAUUGCCAUCUGUAUCCAGCACAAGAAUGGAUCCUGUUUCUGUAGUGCCAUCUAUUUCCAACACAAGAAUGGACCAUGUUUCAGUAGUGCCAUAUGUUUCCAGCAGAAAAGCGUCCCCCGAGGAGUUGGCUUCAACAUCGUCCACAUUGACCACCCGUCAACAUCCUGCUACCUUUCAUUGCAAGACCUCUCCUCCUCCUGCAUCAUCCCCAUCUGACCAGAAACAUACUACCGUGUAUCCCAACAAAUCUGUUAUUCUGAUGGCUCGAGGCAUUUCACAAGUUUUGCAUCAGAUGUUGAUGGUUGCCUCUGUCAAAACAACCUCAGAACUAGCUAUUAGGGCAGCUGUGAUAAGACUAGAGGAGAGAGCUACGUCCGUCAACUUUCUGACUGCCACCUUACUUCACGAGUUGAUUACUGUUGCUGUCAGCAGUUUAAAAAAGAUUAGGGACACUGCGCCUGUCACGAAUUCUCAAAAUCCAUCCCUGGGUUCAGACGCCUUCUCACAAAAUUCGACCCUUACUUCUGCUGCAUUCUCACAGAAUGUAACCCCUGCUCCUGUUGUCUGUUCCCAGAAUCUUUUCUCCAAACCUGUUGCCUGUUCGCAAAAUGUUUCUCCUACUCCUGUCGCCUGCUCGCAGAAUGUUUCUCCUGCUCCUGUCGCCUGUUCGCAGAACGUUUCUCCUGCUCCUGUCGCCUGUUCGCAGAACGUUUCUCCUGCUCCUGUCACCUGCUCGCAGAAUGUUUCUCCUGCUCCUGUCGCCUGUUCGCAGAACUUUUCUCCUGCUCCUGUCGCCUGUUCGCAGAACGUUUCUCCUGCUCCUGUUGCCUGUUCGCAGAAUUCAACCUCUGUCCCCAUCGAUUGCUCGCAGAAUAUAUCCCCUAAUCCUAUCGCAAAUAGACAAAAUCUGUGUUCUACUCCUGGCAAUAACAAUUCAACCGAGUCUGAAAAACUUACAACAACGAACAUUUGGGAUGAAAACAGAGAGCCCAACAAAAAUAAGAUAACAGGACAGUGCUACAACUGUUACUCCACAGCCCAGAUCACCUGUAGACGGUGUGCAACUGCUCUCUACUGCUCCCUCAGAUGCGAGUUGGAGCACUUGGCGAUACACCGACGCGAGUGCUGUAAGAGACAAUCAUAACACUGAGUGCAUCAUGCACACUGUUCAUCGUGAUCACUGUUCAUCGUGCACACUGUUCAUCGUGCACAAUGUUCAUCGUGCACACUGUUCAUCGUGCACACUGUUCAUCGUGCACACUGUUCAUCGUGCACACUGUUCAUCGUGCACACUGUGCAGCGUGCACACUGUUCAUCGUGCACACUGUUCAUCGUGCACACUGUGCAGCGUGCACACUGUUCAUCGUGCACACUGUUCAUCGUGCACACUGUUCAUCGUGCACACUGUUCAUCGUGCACACUGUUCAUCGUGCACACUGUUCAUCGUGCACACUGUUCAUCGUGCACACUGUUCAUCGUGCACACUGUUCAUCGUGCACACUUUUCAUCGUGCACACUGUUCAUCGUGCACACUGUUCAUCGUGCACACUGUUCAUCGUGCACACUGUGCAUCCUACAGAGAAUUAUUGCUCGAGUGGUGGAAAACAAACAACGCUCCAAACAAUAACUGAUUUUUGAACCGUGAACACUGAACAUCACUGAUUUAUCGUUGACAUAAAGUCGUGAUUUGGGGCUGCAUGUUUUUUAUUAUUAACUUUGAACCUGGUUAAAUUAUUUCCACAUUAAUUUUGAAUCGAUUGCUUUCGUUGAGAUUUUCCCAGAUCUUGGAUACGUUUACCAGGCGUACAUUUGAAUUAUCAUUUCUACCUACUCGAUUAUUGGUGUAUCGAAUGUUGAUACUCUGUGAUAGUAGCACGUUGAUGAGUGUAAGAACAAGUGUUAUCAUACCACUAUCACUUAAUGAUUGGUCACAAUAUCGGUUUAAACUUCCUGAGAAACAAAAUAUUUACAGUUUGCUUUUGUGUGCUUAGUUUUGAGUUUUAGAUUUUGAUGCAUGUAUCUUUACGUUAACUGUUGUUGUAAGUCUGGUUUAAGUAUAGUCUGACGCUUAUUUCAACUACUAAUCGUUUCUUAUUGUUUUGUUUUAAAAAAGCUCUUUCGUGGUGUUUAAUUUUUAAUUAUUUUACUUGCUUUUAAUUUUGACUAAACACUGAAUUUUAUCAAGACUUCUGCAACGGAUUUGAAGUUUAAUUUUAUUUAUUUUAAUCGGGGCUCUGUAAUAAUGAGUAAUCGUGAAUGAUUUGAAAAUUCGCUAGAGGUGAA